AUGUCAGAUAAUUCGGACGGGAAAAAGACGACUCCUCAUUUAACAACGACAGAACCCUCGGAAGAACACCAUGUAGAAAUCCCAAUCCUAGAAGAGCAUGAUAGAACCAAAAAAUCAUCUAAACCUGGGGAAAACUUGCUCUCCUCGCUAAUCCCUUCCACAAUCCUCUCGCACGUAGGCCCAAAACGCAAAUCAUUUGCCAUGGACAUUGGGAAUGACGGUUUGGAGGUGAAAGAAAUUAUUGUAAUAGAAAUCGAAGACCACAGAAGUUUACAUUUGUUGAAUCAAGAGGAUAAGAAAGUUUAUGAGAGAAUGAAAGAAUGGAUGGAAAAAAAUCCGAAAGCAACUUUACAGGACACGGCGGAUCAAUUUUCGUCCGAACGCAGUGGAGAUGCUAUAGCAAAAGUCUUACAUAAUUUUCAGUUCCCGGAUUAUAUGCUAAAAUUUCGACUUGAAAAACAUGACAUACUACUAAAAUUUCGACAUGAGGAAUACGAAAAACGGGAGCUAGAAAGGCAGCGCAAAAGAAGAAAUUUUGAGAGGCUAUUAUUGAGGGCCGGGCUUAUAAUUGAGGUAGAAAACGAUGCGGCCAACAAUGAAGACUUUUUUGUAAAGAUAUAUGCACCGUUUCAAAAGCUAUGUGAAGAAGCUCAACAAAUCAAAUUAAAGAUGAGAUUAAAUAUGGAAAGCAUGGCGGGUCUCGACAUCGUGGAAAAAAAAUCAACUAUAUAUUCAAAUAUUACCAAGCAUUUUAGUCAUAGCUUGAAUCUUAAAAAGCAAGCCGCGUUUUUUAAGGUGGACAAGUUAAGUCAAUUUGAAGGUGGCGAGCGGAACAAAUCAAUGGGUGAAAUAAUGGUGAACUUUUUUUCAACAGCGCGAAGAAAUUUAUUGGUCCAUCGAAUGAUAGUGACAGCUAAUCAAAUCAACAGCAAACACGUAGUGCCCAAUGAAGCUCCAAUAAUGGUCAAAAAAAAGAUUUCUUCCUUGGCGAUAAAACGUUUAAUAGACGAAAAGGUUUAUACAAAAUACUAUCCGCUGCAUGAUG